AUGACUAUUCGUUCCCGUUUAUACAAGAGCUUGUAGCGUAGGCUCUUAUGACUGUAUAUUCAGCCUUUGCAGUUUUAUUCAAUAUUUAUUUAGUCUUCUACAAUGGCAAGAAGAGGUGCGGGUGCUAAGCCACGACGAGGGAAUGCGCAGAACCCACUAAUCGAUCUUGGAAUGUUUGACAUCCCCAAUUUGGAUGCUAUCGGUGAUGACGACGACGACGACGAUUGUGAUGAUGGGGACCUCGAAGCAGAGCUAUCAGCACUUCUCGGAGGGCGAGCCCGGGCCCCAAAGAAGAAGCCUGCACCCAAACAGCCACUGGAUCUCAAUGCAAUUCAAAAGAUGGCCGCUGCAGUUCAGGACGAUGGGCAUUCGACGGAUGAUGAUGAUGCCAACCUCUCGGAUGACCCUGAGCUCAUGGCUGAACUCAAUAACCUCACCCCAUCCGCACACCUGAUGAAAUCGCCUGAACCACCACAACCUUCUGCUCCUCUGGCUCCACUGAGGCAAGAAUCAUUGGGGCCUCCAAAGGCAGCUGGGGAACCAAGCGCAAUGAAUAUGUUACGAGACCGCUUGCAAAACUACAAGGAAGCGGAGGCCGCAGCAAGGACUAUAGGCGAUAGUUCGAAGGCAAGGCGCUACGGAAGGGCGCUGAAGACACUAGAGGGCAUGAUGAAAGAUGCGCAAGCUGGAACACCCGUAAAUGAAGAUGAUGUUCCGCCGCCCGUCAAAGUGCCGAAACAGCCGUCCGCUUCUUCCGCGAGGCAAGACACCCCCUCGGAAGCAGCCCCGAGUCAGACCCCACAACCGAACCUCGAUCCUAUGGAGGGUCCUUCACCCAUAGUGCCUCCGCGGCCUGUUUUGAGGCCGGCCCCUCCUCCUCCUCCUCCUUCAUCGAAUUCAUCACAGCCAAGUUCGCAUGUGCCGGUUGUUCCACCUCGGCCAAAGCCUGUUCCAUCCAGCGAGGAAUUGGCAGCGUCUCAAUCAACGGAGCAGUUGUUAACUAUGCGACGCAAUCAAUAUAAGAAUGCGGCUGUGCUGGCCAAAAAGCAGGGUGAUAUCCAGACUGCUCUGAAGUAUGUCAAGACUGCUAAGGAGUUUGAUGCUGUACUGCAUGCGCUGGCCAACGGACAACCUGUGGAUUUAUCCAAGAUGCCACCACCCCCAUCCAUAGCUGCAAGUUCUUCUUCCCAGCGGAGUUCUUCGACUGUACCUCCGCGUGCCCCUGCAGCUCCUGGCCCUGCAGCCGAGCCUGCUGCUCCCCUUCCACUCUCCUCCACCAGUACACCCACUGCAGUGAAAGAUGCACAAGCGCCUUCUGACACUACAGAUAGGGAUGACCCUGAGUUGUUCAACGCUCCUCCUCCACCAACAUCAGUGAUGGAAGCUCUCCAGCAGAGACUGAAAAAGUAUCAGAGCACAGCCAACGAGGCCAAAGAGAAAGGGCAAGGCAGCAAGGCCAGACGAGUUGAUCGUAUUGUCAAACAAUAUGAAGAUGCCAUUAAGUUGUACAAGGCUGGAAAACAUGUUGAUUUUGAGGAGCUGCCAACUCCUCCAGGUUUCGGGCCGAUACCUGUUCCAAAUGAAACUGCGCCUCCGGCAAAGCUGCCAGCUGCACCGCAGCAAACACCUGGGCUAGCUGCCGCUGCCGCUGCAGCGCCACCACCAGCUCCAAGGCCAUCUCCCAAGCCGUCUCCAAAGCCGGCUACAGCCCAGUCACCACCGGUGGCAACCCAACCAAAAAAGCCUAUGAGGAGGGCUUUAUCAAUGACCAUGGACAAGCAGCUGCAGUUCUUAAAGGAACGCCAGAGACUGUUCCGCGAGGCAGCGCUUGAAGCUAAACGUCGUGGAGAUCUGGAACAGGCGAAGGAGUACCUUCGAACGAUGAAGGGAAUUGACCCAAUGAUCCAAGCUACAGAGUGCGGCUUGCCAAUUAAUGCCAGUUCGAUUCCAGUGCCCCCUCAAUUGCAAGACGAUUUUGUCAAGGUAGAAGAAUCUGAGUGCGUGCCUCGGCCAGAGCCGAACCAGUGCUCAGACGAAACUGAUGAAGAGGAGUUCAGAACACUGGAGCGAGAUUUAAUCAAUCAACAUCAGAUGUGCAUUGACACCAAGGACCACUUCUUUAAGCUUGGAGAUGUUGCUUCUGGAACUAAGUUCGAAAAAUUAGCUCAAGAAGUGCAUCAAGACCUGCUGGUUGUGAGAAACCUUUGGAAAAGGCGAGACCAUUUGCCAAAGUUCCACUAUGAGGCUCGCGUCUUUUCCGUUGUCAGGUCUCAUCCAGAUCUUGGUGGCAACGAGCUCGAAGUGACAGUAAUUCGGGGUGUGAACCUUCCAGCUGGGGGAUCCAAAACUAGGUCGCACGCCGUCGAUGACAACUCCUGUUGGUCUGGUAUCUCUCGCUGCAAGAUCUGGCAUCCCUGGACAUACUGUGGUUGUUUUCUAGGGAAACCAGACGAUUUAGACUCCUACGUCAUCGUCACAUUUCCAUUUCCAAGUGAUGAGCCACAAACUUCAAGGACAAAAACGGUCAAGGAUACAAACAACCCAGAGUAUGAUGAUACAUUCAAGUACGAAAUCAAUCGAAAGUCACGAGGCUUUGCAAGAGUGAUCAAACGUCAUCCAAUCAAGUUUGAGAUUUGGUCAAAGCGAGGAUUCCUAAGGAGUGACGCCAUGAUCGGGCAGGUGAUGGUGAAAUUUGAAGAACUAGAGUCAAACUGUGAGAUACAUGACAGCUUUGAUGUCUACGACGGCAAGAAACCAACAGGAGGCAAGUUGGAAGUCAGAAUUAGAGUCCGAGAGCCAUUCGUCUCAAAGAAGGUGGAAGAAAUUAAGCAGCGGUGGUUGGUCAUCGGCAGCUAGGUGCAAUAGUGUUUCUAAUCUCACUGAACUGUAAAAUUUUCAAUUGCAAUUCAGAGCUGCUGCAAGCAUCAUGAUGACAUCAGGUUUUUUGUAUUGCAAGAUGUAUAUUUUUUCUAUAAUCACUUAACUGCUGACUCAUCGACAAGUCUAUGGCAGCGUAAAUCAAUUAUAUGCAGCUUUGUCUCCGGCUUAUGGAAGCUCGCUGUGCAAUGUUAAAAGUGGGAUAGUCUCAAAGUCUAUUAGUAGAAGCUCGCUAUCUGAUGUUUGAAAACGGCAUAGUCUCGAAGGCUGUAUAUUAUAGUCAGACUAAGGACAUAAGGCUUGCAUAUUUUACGAUACUGUCACCAAUUUUAUCUUUGUGCCUGAUGCUACAUUUGAUGCACCUCCAAUUUAUUGAAAUACUCCACAGGUGCUUGUCUGAUGUGUGUAUAUAUUUGAAUAGUGUUACUUUUAUUUUUGGUUUUCAUAGCAUCCGAUAGUGACAGGAAACAACACACCCGCUCAUAACCUGAACAAAUUUGGAAUGGGGAUAGGUACAUGUAUUACGAAGUGUAGAAUCAAAUACAUAGAGAAAAGGAAUGAAGAAAAAAUAAAAUAUGUUCAUUACAUUA